GCCAACACACACAUACACAAACGCAGUCCAGCCCGUGACCGCGCACACACGUCGUCAGAGCGGUGAGAGAGUAUAAAAGGGCCACCCUUCCCACUCGGCGGAGAAGCGCUCUCCUAACGCUCACACACUCCCUUGAACCAACACAACCUCUUUUCUCAAGAUGCCUGCAGGGCUGAGUGUGUGUGUGCUCCUGGCGGUCCUGUGUUGGAGCUCCUCAGGGCUCGCCCUGUCCUCCCGUCUCGGGGACGAGGACCGCCGCGCCCCCUCCGAAGAAGCCCGCCUGCGAGCCGACACCCGCGCUUCGGGGGAGUCCCAUCUCCGACACAGCCGCUCGGCCCCCCAACUCAAAGCGCUCCCCGUGUCGCAAGAGGAUGGCGAUUCGCGGGCCAACCUCGGAGAGGUGCUGGCCAGACUCCUCUCCCCCAGAAAAGGUUCGGUGCGCCGGAACUCGUCGGGCGACAGCAGAGGCGCCGGCGGCCCGAGCGCCGCCAACCACCGGAUAGCGGACAGGGACUACAUGGGCUGGAUGGAUUUCGGACGGCGCAGCGCCGAGGAGUACGAGUACCCCUCGUAGAACGGAACCUGGCCUCUCCGCACGAUCAAUAAAAGUCUAUUUGAUGAGGUUGUACAUUUGUUUGUAAUGUACUGUUCAAUGCAAUAUACAUAUGCCAAACUUUUGCCUCUUUGUCAUCGAUUUGUUGAUUUAUUGUAUGGAAAUUGGUGGGGGGGGGAUGUUGGUGUCAUUGAGACAUGCUGGAUUUGAAUAAAUAUUUAAGGUAAUGUAUCUGAUGGUUUGUUUCUCAGUCUUUCAAUCCAACUGGGCUUUAUUUUCCCCCUUCCUCAUUUCUAAUUGUCAUGUGGGCUUAAGUUGGGACUUUCGAACAAACGGGAAGGAUCGUCCUCAAUUCUUGUACUGUACUGUAAUUUGGUGUAUUAUAAGUAAUAACUGUGAAUCAUCCAUACGAAAAUAAAACUAAG